AUGAAUACUGGAGAAGAGUUAUCUUUAAAAAAAUGGCGACCACCAACAAUUAUGAUGCUUCCGGAUGAUCUGAUAUUAAACUGUUUAGCCCGCGUCUCAAGAUUAUACUACCCAACUCUUUCCUUAGUUUCCAAGAAAUUUCGUUCUAUCCUCACUUCAACGGAGCUUUACCAAACCCGAACUCUUUUAGGCCGCACCGAGAACUGUCUCUACGUAUGCUUACAAAGCCGUAACGACUAUAAAACACUACGUUGGUUUACUCUUUGUCUGAGACCAAAUAGCUCCAAAAAAGUAUUGGUGCCGAUCUUUUACCUUGAUUCUCCCUAUACAUCAAGGUCAAAUGUUGCAAUGCUUGGUUCUGAUAUUUACGUCAUUGGCGGAGAUAAGAAUUAUUCGUCUAACGUCAUGGUCAUUGACUGUCGUUCUCACACAUUGCGUGAGGCACCAAGCACGCAAGUGGCACGUGUGUUCCCAUCUGCUUGCGUUGUCGAUGAAAAAGUAUUCGUACUUGGAGGCCGCGAAAAUCUCGAUUCAACGAAUUGGUUAGAAGUUUUUGAUACAAAAACCCAAACUUGGGAGUUUUUACAGAUCCCUAGCAAAAAGUUAUGUAGUAGCUUUAGGUACAAUAGUGUUGGGUAUGAAGGAACUAUCUAUGUGAGGUCCAACUACUUACAAGACACUUAUAAACUGCACAAAGGUAGAUGGAGAACAGCAGACUUAGCAAUAGAUACUGGAUGGACUCUUGCAUCAUCUUAUUGUGUGAUAGAGAAUGUGUUCUACCGUUACAAAAACAUGACGAUCGAUUGGUAUGAUCACAAAGAAAAGUUAUGGACAACUUUGAAAGGUUUGGAAAAAUUGCCUACUUGUCCUCGUAUUCGUAAUGGUACAUUGGUGGAUUAUGGAGGGAAAAUGGUGGUUUUGUGGGAAGAGUAUGUGUAUGAUAAGAACCACGAAUACGAAAAGACAAUUUGGUGUGCGGAAAUUGCGAUUGAAAGACGCCAAAACGGAGAGAUUUGGGGGACGAUAAACUGGUUUGACGUUGUCUUUACAACCAAUGAGCCAUAUAGUUUAGUGCAUGCUCUUGCUACUAGUACCAUUUGA